GCUCGUGCACAUCCGGGUCAAAAGGCGUCAGCAUGGACACGGUGACGGGGGAUGUUAUUGCAUCUCUGGGGGCCGAGGGAGCCACCGCUGCUGCGCAUGCGCUCUCUCUCCCAGCAGAGGCUUAUGGAAAUGAUGCCCAAUUGGAGGUAAUGUGGGCUAUGAAAGCCUACAAUCAUGCUGAAGUUUACUUUAAUCUCAUUUCUGCAGUUGAUCCAAAAUUUCUAAAACUAACUAAGUCAGACGACCAGAUCUACAUUAAAUUCCGGGAACAGUUUCCUGACCUCAGUAUUCAGGUUCUGGACCCUGAGCUGCUGAAGUCGGCCGAGGCUAAAGAGACAUGGAGGCCUUUUUGUAACCAGUUCGAUGGCAUCGUAGAGGACUUCAACUAUGGCACAUUAUUACGUAUAGACUGCCAGAAGGACUACACAGAAGAAAACACAAUAUUUGCCACCAGAAUCCAGUUUUACGCCAUUGAGAUCGCAAGAAACAGAGAGGGCUAUAAUGAGGUCAUCCACAACGCCGGCUCAAAAGCCAAUCAACAGAAAAAAGAUAAGAGUUAAUCAACAUCAACAUAAAUCACCUUUAGGUCCUCAGAUGAUGACAUUUGGAACAUUGAAAGUUAACUGUUCCUCUAUGUAAAUGUAUGUAAUAAAAUAUUGUAUUUCGCAUCUGUACUCCA